AUGCCCAAAGCCGCGAAGAAGAAGCAUUCACGGUCUGCCGGUGGAGAGGGUAAGGAUAAGGAGCGCAGGAAAGAGAAAGCUGAAGCGGCCAUUGCCCUGAAGAAGACCGCAUACAUCCCCAAGGCGAACCUCGAUCCCGAAUUGCAUGCGCUUUUGUCAACUUUAUCAGACCACCUCCUUCCCCUCCCCAACGCUCUCGCGACUCGGGUGAAUGCAGACUUGGACCGCCGCCUCGACGUUCACCUCGGAAAACUCAAUACCAUUCGCUCGUUUGACGAUGAUUUCAACAAAACAUUUAGGGCAGAGAUAAUCGCCUUGGAGAAAGCCAGCAAGAUUGACACGUCCGGCCUCGAGGCUGCCAUUGAGGAGUUUACGUCUACUAUGCAAACUCUCACACGUCACCACGCUGCCCUCAAGGCCAAGAUUGCCGAAUCGCUCGAGUGUGAUGCAACUGCGGCCGACGAUUUGGCAACAUUCAAGGAGGAGGUAACCCCUAUCGUAGAAGAAGCCCAGAAAUGCGGGAAGAGUGCAGUCGAGAAGAUGCGGGUCGGCAUGAAGUCUUGCGAUGAAGCCGAUGAAGGAGCAAGGAGGAAGCUGGUGGGUAUGACGUUUUAG